AAAGAAAGAAAGACAUCAAAGAAUAAUUCGAAUGAAAAUAUAGUUUAGUGUAUUCGUGUAGAAUUCGCAAGUAAAGAAAUAAUUAUUAAUAGUCAUGUUAAAGGAUAAGGGACAAGUCACCUUCGAAGAGAAAUGGCCCAAUAUGCGACCCAUAGUUCUAAAAUUAUUAAAACAAGAGCCGGUUACUCAACCAGAAUGGCAAGAUUUGUUUGGUGCUGUACAUUCUGUUUGUUUGUGGGAUGAAAGAGGCCCUUAUAAAUUGAGGGAUGCCCUUCAACAAGAUAUAAUGAUGUACAUUAAACAAGCCCAAGCUCGCGUUCUAGCUCAGCGGGAGGACCAGGCACUCUUGAAGGCCUACAUUGCCGAGUGGGGCAAGUUCUUCACGCAAUGUAACUACCUGCCAACACCAUUUCGACAACUAGAGAACUCUAUAAAUAAUAUAAGCAAGGUUGCUAGUUCUAGUGCAUCCAACUCACAGAAGAAAAACAAUAAUAAUAAUAUUGAAGACAGUUUAGUGCGAAAACUUAUGUUAGAUUCUUGGAACCAGAGCAUUUUUAUGGAUAUCAAACAGAGACUACAAGAUUCUGCUAUGAAGUUAGUGCAGGCUGAACGAAAUGGUGAAUCAUUUGAUUCUCAACUGGUUAUUGGAGUUAGAGAAUCUUAUGUUAAUCUGUGCUCAAAUGCUGAGGAUAAACUACAAAUAUACAGAGACAACUUUGAAGCAGCAUAUAUGCAAGCCACUGAAGAGUUUUAUAAACUAAAAGCUAAUGAACAUUUGUUGUCUAAUGGUGUGCAGUCUUACAUGAAGUAUGCAGAUCAGAGGUUGAAAGAAGAAGAAGCCCGGGCCCACAGAUACCUGGAGCCUGGCAGUGGCAGUGUUGCAGCACUCACGCAGUGCUGUGAGAAGGUGCUCAUUGGUGAACACUUGCCUACUUUACUUGCAGAGAGUGCACCAUUGAUAAAAACUGGAGAAACUGAAAAACUUCAGCUCAUGUUCCGUCUUCUGGACAGAGUACCUGAAGGAGUUACACCAAUACUUAGAGAUCUUGAAGCUCAUAUAGUUUCAGCAGGUCUAGCAGACAUGGUGGCUUCAGCUGACAUUAUAACCACAGAUUCAGAGAAAUAUGUUGAACGCUUAUUAGAGCUUUUUAAAACUUUCAGUACAUUAGUAAAAGAUGCUUUCAUGGAUGAUCCUCGAUUUUUAACUGCCAGAGAUAAAGCAUUCAAGUGUGUUGUUAAUGAUACUACAGUCUUUAAACUGGAAUUACCAUCAUCAGCACUUUUACGGGGUAGUAAAGGCACAGCUCCAGAAAGUAAAUGUCCAGAACUUCUUGCAAACUACUGUGAUAUGUUGUUACGAAAAACACCACUAAGUAAACGUCUCACUAGUGAACAAAUUGAGUACAGAUUAAGAGAUGUGUUGCUAGUUUUAAAAUAUAUUGAAAAUAAAGAUGUCUUUAUGCGUUUCCACAAAGCCCAUUUGACCAGAAGGUUGAUACUGGAUUCGAGUGCUGAUUCAGAAAAGGAGGAAGACAUGGUUGAAUGGCUUCGUGAAGUUGGCAUGCCAGCUGAUUAUGUAAACAAACUGGCAAGAAUGUUUCAAGAUAUUAAGGUUAGUGAGGAUCUUAAUACUCAAUUCAGAGCAGACACUACUCGUCAUGAUGCAAUCAAUAUAAAGAUUCUCAAUGCUGGAGCUUGGGCCCGUGGAUCUGAAAGAGUAACUGUAAGUCUUCCUUUAGAAUUAGAAGAUUAUAUUCCAGAAGUUGAAGAAUUUUAUAAGAAAAAGCAUUCUGGACGUAAAUUGCAGUGGUACCAUCACAUGAGUAAUGGCACAAUCACAUUUGCCAACUCUGUUGGAAGAUUUGACUUAGAUGUCACUACGUUUCAAAUGGCUGUUUUGUUUGCUUGGAAUCAAAGACCACUGGAAAAAAUCAGCUAUGAAAACUUAAGAUUAGCUACAGAACUUCCAGACCCAGAGUUAAGACGAACUCUAUGGUCGUUGGUAGCUUUUCCCAAACUCAAACGACAAUUACUGUGUUAUGAGCCUGUUGUUCAAAAUCCUAAGGACUUCACUGAAAACACUACAUUUUGGGUGAAUCAGGAAUUUGCACUUGUAAAAAAUGGCAAACCACAACGGAGAGGGAAAAUAAAUUUAAUUGGCAGACUUCAGUUAAGUACGGAGCGAUCUCAGCUGGAAGAUAACCAUUCCAUUGUUCAACUAAGAAUUUUGAGGACUCAAGAAGCAAUUAUAAAGAUACUAAAGAUGAGAAAACGCAUUACAAAUACUGCUCUUCAGAGCGAACUUGUGGAAAUUUUGAAGAAUAUGUUUUUACCUUCCAAAAAGAUGAUAAAAGAACAAUUGGAGUGGCUGAUUGAACAUAAAUACAUGCGUCGGGAUGAUGAAGAUAUCAACACUUUUAUAUAUAUGGCCUAAUUAUUCCUUAUCACAAGUGUAAAUGAAAUCAAAUAAAUUAUUUACUCAGAA